UUAAAAUGCUUCAUUUACUUAUGUGAUCAUUGAAUUCAAAAUCUUGUAGUAAGAAAUGUGUUUUAGUGUUUUCUUACUCCUUUGCACAAAAAAAAAAAGAAGAAGAGUGUUUUCUUACUCCGUCACUUGACUUUUUGUAGAUAAACAUGCAAUUUAUCAAACUAUGUUUGUCCAACGGUUCCAACGUAACUUCUUAAUGUCCUAUUGAGUGCAUAUAAUAUAUUUUCGAACUAUAAAAUGGUACACUACGCUCGAAGAUGAUCUCAUUUGCUAAUAAAAAUCUAUCUGAUCUUUAUUUAACAAAUAUACUUUAAAAGUCCGCAAUUUCUAGGUAAUCCGUUUGUUAAACUGAUUACUAUAAUCCGAGCUUAUUAGGCCGAACUAAAAGUUUUGCACAUACCUAGAAUCGACCCACUAGAUGAAACUCUCACCGGGAUACAUAGUUUUGAGAUAAAGGUUAUAGUUCUUUUUAUGCAAGAUUUGGUCCAAGCCUUCCCUCAGCAAUUAGGGUCAAGGACCUUAAACUAGACAUAUAACGAAUUUACAUAGAGACAAUAUCUAUCAGAAACAUGUUGACAUUACAGAAGAAAACCUUAAUUAGACCUACCAACCCUAUCCUAAUGAGUGACUAGUUAGGACCAAAACAGUAAAGGUUAGGAGGAGACCAAUCAAAAUACGUGGCUAACCGGAAGUCCGCAUUGUUUUAUCGGCUAAUUCUAGUUUCAUUUUUUCGUGUUUUCUAUACUUUUAGAUUCAUAUAUUUAUCGUGGUAAGGUUGGUUCAUAUUAACAUGUUGUGUUUAAAGUUUAAACACCUAACGUGUUAUUAAAACGGAAUCCAAUUCUAGGAAAAUUAUGGACCAACAUUUUUUAAUUGUAUUAUUAUUUAAAUUAAUUAUUAGUGUGAAGUUUGAUUUACUUUAAUGAUGAUAUAUGAAUUAUUAGUUAUUACCAUAUUUUAUAAAAUUUACAAAACAUGAAUCUCUAUAAAGAAAACUUAUUUUAAUAAUACAUGAAUUAUUAAUUAUUAACAUAUUUUAAAAUUUUGUCAAAAAUGUGAAUGUUUAUAAAUAAAUUUGUACAUAUCAUAAUUAGGUUGAUCCAGUGUCAUAUUUUUCUUUUUAAUAAUGAAUAUAAUGAUAAUACAUAAUCAAAUCAAAAAUAAUGUUAAGAGGGAUUUCAGAACAGUUUUUCAAAAUAAAAUAUCUUUUUCAUGUAAAACAAAAAACUAAAAUCUACUGGAUAACCAAAAACCAAAAAAAAAUCAAAAACUAAAAUCUAGAAAACAAUCAUCAUCACCUGCUCUUAUGAUUUUGAACGUUUUCAAAUAAAUAUGUUUUUGUUUGAGAAAAAUCUUCUUUUUUUGAACAAAAAUAGAAAUCAACUUCCAUAUCCACGUUUCUUGCUAAAAUACGCAACUUCCAAAUCCAAUCAGACCGAGUCCUCUUGUUAACAGUUUUUAUACGUUACCGAAAACUACUCCAAAAGUCAUAUAAAAUCAAAACACUCGGAUUUUAGGGAUUAGUUAUCCAGUUCACGGAAGAAGAGAGAGAUUUGUAGUUACAAUCAAGAUGGGAAGGGUUUUUAUUGUUGAUCUGGAAGGGAAAGUCUAUAGUUGCAUACACUGUAAGACCAAUCUUACUAAAGAUCAAGACAUCAUGUCCAAGUCUUUCAAAAGCAGGGGUGGACAAGCUUAUCUCUUCAGUGAAGUUGUAAACGUUUCAACUGGAAAUAAAGAAGACAGAAUGAUGAUAACGGGGCUUCAUACUGUAACUGAUAUAUUCUGUGUUGGUUGUGGAUUAAACGUUGGCUGGAAAUAUGUGACUGCCCAUGAUGUGAGCCAGAAAUACAAGGAAGGAAAGUCUGUUCUUGAAUUGUAUAAGAUUGUGGGUCCUCAUGAUAGCAACGACUUGGUUUGUCAACAAGUUUCUCAGCUUAUGAUUCAAUAAUCAGAUGAUGCUUAAGCAUUUUCCUUUUAUUUCUUAGAUUUCUUUUACAAUGUACAUUCUUCGACUUCUUUUUCAUUUUCUUUUGGUUCUGUCUCGAAUAAGUAAAUUUGGUACCCGUCCUAAUUGCCUGGUUUGAUAGGUUUUUAGUCUUAUUUAUUUUUGAACGAAUAACUAUUAACUACACAUUA